AUGAGAUUCUUCCGCGCUGUGGCUGCGGUGACUGCCAUUGGCACUGUCUCUGCCUCCUUCCAGAACAACACCUAUGACUACAUUAUCGUUGGCGGCGGACCUUCUGGUAUUAUCACAGCCGAACGCAUUGCUGAGGCCGGAAAGAAAGUCCUUCUUCUGGAGCGCGGCUACGGCCCGACAGUCUCCACAGGUUCCAAUGAAACCCUGGUGUGGAAUAACACUCUGACCGGAAUCGAUGUUCCUGGUCUCUCCGGCGAUAUCGGCAGCCUCCCUCAGUGGAAUCAGUACGUCUGCACGGAUACUGCAGGUCAAGCUGCGUGCGUUCUCGGUGGCGGUGUAACGGUGAACUAUAUGGUUUUCGUGCAUCCCCCAGAGCGCGAUUUCAAUGACAAAUGGCCCCAAGGAUGGAAGUGGAAUGAUGUGAAGUCGGCUGCAAGCCGGUUGUAUGAGCGUAAUCCCGGUUCAACCCUCCCAUCGCAGGACGGUGAGCUGUAUGAUCAAGCCCUGUACUCCACACUGAAGGCCUUCUUUAGCAACCUUGGAUGGACUUCAGUUGACAUGAGUGAGCAACCGAAUGAGAAGUAUCAGGUGUACAGCCACCCUGCAUGGAACAUCAAGGAUCAGAAGCGCGCCGGUCCACUUCGAACAUACCUUCCUCUCGCCGAGCAAUACGAUAACUUCCAGCUUAGCAUGGGUACGAAAGUUCUCCGGCUCAUGAGGACCAAUGGCCAGAUAACGGGUGUCGAGGUCGAAUUUGCAUCUGGUGAGACGGAAAUUAUCACUUUGCCCCAUCAUGGCCGCGUGAUUCUCUCUGCGGGUGCUUUAUCUACCCCUCGUGUCCUGUGGAAUUCUGGUAUUGGCCGAAAGGCGCAACUCGAGGUCGCCCAACAGAGCGGCAUCAAUCUUCCAAACGAACAGGAAUGGAUCGACCUCCCUGUCGGCGAGGGUUUGAAGGAUCACCCUAUCUUUCCCUUUGUUGUGAAAACCAAUGGCUCUUUUACUAUACCUGACUACCCUGCGAUCGUUAAUGGCUCGGAUACAGCUGAUAUCUCGCUCUAUCGCGAGGGAGAUGGCGUCCUUUCCCAAGGCAAGCACCGCAUGAUUUUCUUCACUGCCAACGACGUGGAUGGCCAAACCCGUUACUACCAGGGAUCCUGUGCUCCUUCUGCCGAAAACACUGUUUCCAUCACCGCCUACAUGACCCACGGCGCUACAUCCUCUGGUGUCUUGGGUCUGGAUGUUGAUGGCAACACAAUAUUCCUCAAAUCUCCUUACCUCAACACCCAGGGUGAUCAGACAGCGGCGCAAAGCUUUGUCCAGGGCUUGAUUGACGAUGUGAAGACCGCGGGAUGGGAGCUAGAGACCUACCCGAAUGCCUCUUCUAUUAUUGAGAACUACACGCAAGGUGUUCACUGGACAAGCACUGCCAUGAUCGGUAUCGAUGACGGACGCAAGCUUGGCGGUUCAUCCGUGGUUGAUCUUGACACCAAGGUUUAUGGCACGAACAACCUGUUCAUUGUCGAUGGAAGUAUUCACCCCGACCUUCCUUCCGGCAAUAUCCAGGCUACCAUCAUGGUCGUUGCCGAGGCUGCGGUCGCUAGAAUCCUUGCACUGUAG